AUGGCCGAAGAGGCCGACGAGCGUACCGGAAGACGCAGCGUGGGCAGACCACCCUCAAGGUGGACUGACGACCUGGUGAACGUUGCGAGAAUCCCCUGGUGUAGAACGCCAAAUGAUUCACAAACCUCUUCUGCAUCCUCUCCAAUCUCAGUGAGUGAAUGGCGAAAUGUGGACGCCACACAGAUCUACGACCAUUUGAUAAUGGAGUGUGUUCGGAAGGAACCCGUUAGGGAUAUUUGCGCAGAUGCUACCAAAUAUUCGGCAGUGCUGGUCGAUCAUGACGAAAUCAUAUUCGUCAACCAGCGCUUCGAAUGGCCAAUAGCGCGACCCGUGGCCACGGGCGAGGUGCUGACGCUACAGCUGCUGGCGCGGGCACGCUGGGGCGCGCCGCGCGUGUUGGGCGUUUAUCGCCUCGGCCUGCAGAUCCUCGUCUCAGAUGGCCAGCUCUCCAUCACCGACACGCUCGUCGAUGAUCGCAACCGUCCCGUGCCGGUCUUCGUCGAAAUGGAUGUAUUCUACACAGCUCCUACGAUCCCGACCACUCCGCUGGACGAGUCGGCGUGUCGUAGCGAGCGAAGCUCGUUGAAAGGCUCGAACUCGGCUCAACCAUCCACGCACGGCUCGGCGUCUGGCUCACUGCACAGUUCCGCAGUUCAAUCCGACGCCGACGACGACCACGCCCUCGAAGAUCUGCAACGCAAUUUCGCCAUACUCGAGCACUCCUUACAGAACAAAGAAACCGUUGUCGACAUCGAGUCGGGCGACGACACUCGCACCCGUCGAUUCCGAAAUGUGGGAAAACGCUUUCUGAAGCGCGGCUUGUCCGUGGGGGCAGAGAAAGUGGUCACUAUAUCGGAGCGUGAACGCGGCAGCAAGCGCCAUUUGACGUUAAGAAGCGUGAGAAGCCUCAUUCGAUUUGGAAAAACUAGACCACGCGGCAGCAGUGGCGACGAAGAGCAGGGUCUGCUGGACAUCGCCGCCGGGCCCUCCAGCGAGCCCGACCGUCCAGUCAGUCAGACAUCCAUCUCCUCCGAUGAAAUACUAGUCGACACUCGCUCGCCAACCGACACCCCCAAACUUAAGAAAAGAAACACUGCUCUGGACGUGGGCGGUCUGUCGGCGCUGAAGGCAGCCGACUUCCAAGUUUGCGUGACGGUGAUCGAAGCACGGCAGCUGGCCGGCCUCAACAUGGAUCCCGUAGUCUGCGUUCAAGUCGGUGAUGUGCGCAAGUACACCAGUGUCAAGGAGAGCACCAACUGCCCUUACUACAAUGAGUACUUUGUGUUUGACUUCCAUAUGCCGCCGAUAAUGCUGUUCGAUAAAAUUAUCACUUUAUCGGUGUUGCAGUCGCGCAACAUUCUCCGCGCCAACAAGCUGCUUGGCAGCUUCAAGCUGGACGUGGCCACAGUCUGGAGCCAGCCGGAUCGUCAGUUCUACCACAAGUGGGCUUUGCUCACAGACCCUGACGACGUGGCUGCUGGUGCCAAAGGCUACCUCAAGUGUGACAUCAGCGUUAUAGGAAAAGGGGACACAAUCAAAAUUCCGCCAAAAAGCGAAAAAGACGAAGACGACAUCGAGGCAAACCUUCUACUUCCGGAUGGAGUGCCAAUUGAGCGCCAACGUGCUAAGUUCAUCGUAAAAAUAUACCGCGCGGAUGGUCUCCCAGAGAUGAAUUACUCCAUUCUUGCCAACGUAAAGAGGGCUUUCACCGGCGAAAGUCAGGAUUUGGUCGACCCAUACGUGCAAGUUUGUUUCGCUGGAAUGACCGGCAGCACAUCAGUGAAAAAGAACUGCUACGCUCCGGUGUGGAAUGAGCAGAUCGUGUUUACGGAAAUGUUCCCGCCGUUGUGCCAGCGUAUCAAGAUCCAAUUGCGGGACAAUGAUCCAGUUCAUCCUAAUAUCAUUGGCACUCACUUCAUAGACCUUAAGACUAUAUCCAAUGACGGGGAGAAAGGUAACAAACAAGGAUUUCUGCCAACAUUUGGACCUGCUUACAUUUAUUUGUACGGCUCCACACGUGAUUACAGCCUGAUCGAUCAACACGCAAGCCUUAAUAUGGGCAUGGGAGAAGGGGUCGCUUAUAGAGCUCGAGUAUUGGUAUCCAUUCGCACUGAGAUAACCGACAAUGUAGAAUGUCAGGCGUCAGAGGUAGAAGUGGAACCGAUUCCUCCAAUCACUGACUCUAGUUUCGGAAAAAACGAGGAGUUCUUCCUAUUCGCUUGCAUGUUCGAUGCCAACAUGAUCGAUAAACGGCUUACUGACAAACCACUGCAGUUCGAGUUGAGCAUUGGCAACGCCGGCAACUCUCUUGAUGGUCACGGUGAGUCCGUCAAAAGGCCUCAAGACUUGGAAUUCGAAGAACUUGAUGAUCUGAGUGCCGAUACUGGAUACUGGCAAAGCAUGACACAACCGACCAAAGCAACUUCUACAGACAAAAAUUAUUAUUAUCUGCCCUAUUGGGACCACAAGCAGUGUAUGCACGUUCGCAGUAUUUGGCCAGAUCAUCGGCGCCGAAUGUACAACUCUAACCUUAUUUCGAAAAUAAUUGAAAAGUUUGAGGAGGGUCUGACCGACGCUCAAGCGGCAAUAGAAACUGACGUCGGUCCCGAUGGUACAAGCGUGAUGGCCUUAAAGUCGGCACUAGAAACUGCCAGCACCGCCUGUGCCGCGUAUGUCAGCCACAUGAGUAACGCUCCGCCUAUUGGAAACACUAAACUGGAUCGUGAGAGGCAAAAACUAUGCCUUCACGAAAUCGAUCAAAUUAGCAACAUGACUAAAAGUUUAAAGGCGCUCAUAACUAAGCAUUCGAUCAAAGAUCGAUUGCGCACAGCUUACACAUAUCUCAACAAGCUGAAACAACUGUGCGAAGAUGCGCAACAUACGAUGCCAGACGUUUUUAUUUGGCUUAUUAGUAACGGCAAGCGUUUGGCGUACCAGAGGAUACCAGCCAGAGACAUCAUUUAUUCAGAUUUCAGUGACGAAUCUGGAAAGAAUUGCGGCAAAAUGCAAACUUUGUUUCUUAAGUGGCCGGGAAAGAAAGCAUCUACCCCAAGCGGAUGGGCUAUACCAGCUAAAAUAAGUGUAUAUCUGUGGCUAGGCGUGCUACAAGACAAAAAGCAUUAUAUUGACACCCUGCCCAAAGGCUACGAACUCAGCUCUGAACUACGAAAUGCUGACAAACUACGAUCCAAUGCCCCUUCCACUAUAUUCUAUGGAGAAAAACACAAUUUUCAAAUGCGAGCUUAUGUUUACCAAGCGAGAUCUUUGAUCGGUUCCGAUUCCUCUGGGUUGUCGGAUCCUUUUGCUCGAGUAGUCUUGGGUGAAAGCACCGCAACUACUCAAGUUAUUGACGAAACCUUAAGUCCAACAUGGGAUGAAUUACUCGUGUUCGACGACGUAUUGCUGUACAGCACUAUUGAACAAAUAAAAGCCGACCCACCUACUAUUAUAAUCGAGAUUUUCGAUCAAGAUAAAGUAGGAAAGUCGGAAUUUAUUGGCCGUACUCUUGCAAAACCCCACAUUAAAGCGUUUGAAGAUACCUACGAACGUCCCCAAUUUCCACCAUCAUUAGAGUGGCAUGAAAUCACGCGAGGUGACGACAGAGCUGGUGAAUUAUUAGCUACAUUUGAAUUGCUUGAGAUACCAGCUAAACAAAACUCAUCGAUCUUACCCGAUUUACCAAGCCCCAGGGAAUCCAAUGGUAAAUUACCCAAUGAUAUAAAUAAGGGACCCAUCUAUCCCGUGCCACGAGGUAUACGCCCUACUUUGUCAAAGUAUCGCAUUGAAGUGCUGUUUUGGGGACUACGUGACCUGAAACGUGUUCAUUUACUUACUGUGGACAAGCCCAGAGUGGAUAUAGAAUGCGCUGGUAAUAUAUUGUAUUCCACCGUUAUACAAAACGCAAAACGAAACCCUAAUUUCUCGAAUCCUGUUAAAUUUGUGGACGUCGAACUUCCCGACCAAGACUUAUAUAGACCACCGCUGACUAUUAGAGUUGUCGAUUGCAGAAGCUUCGGCAGAAUUACAUUGGUUGGCACUCAUACUAUAAAUUCCAUUCAUAAAUAUAUUUACACGCCAAUGAGCAAAAAGGAAAGAGAAAUCGAAGAAAGAAAAAAGUCAUUAAUUCAAUUGCAAAACGUGGAUUUGCGAGCUAACGUCAUUCUACAAGAGGAUGUAUUUACCAUCGAGAAUGAAAGAGAAAACAUCCCUCUACUAACGCGUGACGGUAGAGCUACAGCGUCCUAUGGUUCAGGUGUCCAGCAACCCAUGAGGAAGAAAGUUACAAAACGUGAAGGUUCAAAGAAAAGGAAAGCCAGCACAGAUUCAGUCUUGGACGAUGAUGGGAGAAGUAAAGACUGGUGGACCAAAUAUUUUGCUUCUGUGGAGUCAAUGAUCGAAGAGGAAAAAGAAGCUAAGAAAGAGCGACAAGGAUUUCUUGUUCCACAAGUGGCUUUCGUAGACGAAACCCCAACAAGAUCUCCAAGAGAAGAAGUGCAUUCUCCGCGACCGGAAAGAGAUAGAAUAAAGCGUCGCCAUCCUCAGUCUCCAAAAGCAAAAGUGAGCCCAACAAUCCAAAAAAAGAAUGAAAUACCACAGUCUGCUUUGACCAAGAUAUAUCCACACGAACUUGAAGCGGUCGCAGAAUACGACGAAUUCAAAGAAUGGUUACAUUCCUUUGAAUUAUACAGAGGCAAAAAGACUGGUGACGAUUCAGAAGAUGAAAAUCGCGUGGUCGGUGUUUUCAAGGGAGCUAUAAAAGUUUACAAGGUGCCCAUACCAAGAGGAAUCGAUGAUCAUACUGUAAUGGGAUUUGAUCCGAACUAUGGCUUUUUCCAAGGUGUCCCGAAUAAUGAACCCAUUCAUGUCCUAGUAAGAGUUUACAUUGUAAAAGCAACAGACCUGCACCCGAUGGACUUAAAUGGGAAAGCUGAUCCUUACAUAGUCUUGCAUUUGGGCUCAAAGAGAAUCAGUGACAAGGAGAAUUAUGUUUCUAAACAACUAAACCCCGUUUUUGGAAAGUGCUUUGAAAUCGAAGCUACAUUCCCUCAAGACUCUAUGCUUACGAUUCAAGUCCUGGACUGGGAUCUUCUAGGAUCUGAUGAUCUGAUCGGGGAAACGAAAAUUGAUCUUGAAAAUCGAUUCUAUAGCCGACACCGCGCAACAUGUGGUUUGCCAAUGAAAUAUGAAGAGCAAGGCUAUAAUCGAUGGCGAGAUGCCAUGAAACCGACACAGAUUUUAGCGAAGCUGUGCAAGGACGGCAAACUGGAUCCUCCAAUAUAUGAACACGGAAGGGUGAAGAUAGGGCGCACGGUGUUCAAUAUGCCAUUAGAAGAUACAGAGUUAUUCUCCAACCCAGACACGUUCGAGGAGCAAAUGGCAUUGGUAGUGCUACGUCGCUGGCAAGAGGUACCACGUGUCGGGACCAAACUUGUUACCGAGCACGUGGAAACAAGGCCGCUAUACAAUCCCAACAAGCCAGGAAUCGAGCAAGGGCGCCUAGAGAUGUGGGUAGACAUGUUCCCCAUGGAUAUGCCUCUGCCUGGCCCACCGUUGGACAUAUCUGCUCGCAAACCAAAGUCUUAUGAGAUGCGUGUUAUUAUAUGGAACACUGACGAUGUAGUUCUGGAAGAUGACGCUUUCUUCACUGGCGAAAAGAUGUCGGAUAUUUACGUAAAAGGAUGGCUCAGGGGGCCGGAUGAUUGCCAAUCCACAGACAUUCAUUAUCGUUCAUUGACGGGAGAAGGGAAUUUCAACUGGCGCUUCAUAUAUCCUUUCGAAUAUCUCGAAGCUGAAGAACGCAUAGUAAUUUCUCGAAAAGAGUCCGUUUUUUCCUGGGAUGAAACAGAGUGUAAAAUACCAGCACGUCUCGAAUUACAAGUUUGGGAUGCCGACCAUUUCUCUGCUGACGAUUUCCUGGGAGCCAUAACAUUGGACCUUAACAGAUUCCCACGAGGAGCGAAAUCAUCUAAGUUGUGUACUUUGGACAUGCUAAGCAACGACGGCUCCGUGCCCAUGGUGAACAUUUUCAAGCAGAAGCGCGUUAAAGGAUGGUGGCCAUUCUACAUAAAACGUGACACCGAGGAAAUGGAACUCACAGGCAAAGUGGAAGCCGAGAUACACUUACUAACACGCGAAGAGGCGGACAAAGUGCCCGCCGGACUUGGACGCAAUGAACCAGAUCCACUUGAUAAGCCCAAUCGCCCUGAUGCGUCGUUCAUGUGGUUCCUGAAUCCUCUGAAGUCGAUCCGCUACAUCAUUUGGCAUAAUUAUAAGUGGACAAUCCUCAAAGCAACCGUCAUCUUCCUGGUAGCGUUUAUGUUCUUCUUGCUCAUCUAUGCAGUGCCAGGUUACUCUGUCAAAAAACUCCUGGGCGCUUAGGUUACCUGCACAAUGCUCAGAACAUUAGUAUUUUCCUUUCAGGUCUGCAUUCCUAUCUAUAGUAUAAGGUACAGAUACCAGAUUUACAGUUAAAGUAUUCAUUAUAUAAAUUAAUAUAAGAUACAUAUAUAAUAUACGAACCAUUUAUUUUUGGUAAUAGGAUAUUUGG